AUGGAGCUGAAGCAGCCAAGAAUGUGUGUUAGGGUUGUCAUCGCGCUGUUAGCUCUGUCCUGCGCUGCUGCUGCUCAGUCGGAUGUAGAGAGCCAGGCGAAGGAUUUCCUGGAGAAGUUUGACGAGGAGGCUACUCAGCGUAUGUACCAGUACUCGCUGGCGUCAUGGGCCUACAACACAAACAUCUCAAAGGAGAACUCGGACAAGUUGUCACAACAGGGGCAAAUCUGGGGCAGUUUCUAUGCCCAGAUGUCGGAAGAGUCACAGAAAUUCCCCAUUGACCAGAUCAGUGAUCCAGAAAUCAAGUUCCAGCUCAUUUCGCUGCAAGACAAAGGCUCAGGUGCUCUUUCCCCAGGAAAGGCUGAACAUCUGAGUAGAGUGAUGAGUGAAAUGAGUACGAUCUACAGCACAGCAACCGUUUGUAUGAAGGAUGAUCCUUUUAACUGCCAGACUUUGGAACCAGGCCUGGAGGAGGUGAUGGCAAACAGCCGAGACUAUGCUGAGCGUCUGCACGUGUGGGAGGGCUGGAGGAAAGAGGUGGGCAAGAGGAUGAGGCCUCUGUACGAGGACUACGUGGAUCUGAAGAACGAAGCCGCCAAACUGAACAGUUUUCAGGAUUAUGGAGCUUACUGGAGAUACAAUUAUGAAACCAUAGAGGAGGAUGAGCAGUACAAGUACACCCAAGAUCAGCUGAUGGGAGAUGUCCGCUCUUUAUACAAAGAGAUCCUGCCCUUAUACAAGGAACUGCAUGCCUAUGUGAGAGCUAAGCUCAUGGAAGCCUACCCAGGACAUAUUGACCCAAAAGGACCUCUGCCAGCCCACCUGCUGGGAGACAUGUGGGGAAGAUUCUGGACCAACCUGUACCCUCUGUCCAUCCCCUACCCUGACAGAACAGACAUUGAUGUCAGUGCAGCGAUGGUGGAACAGGGCUGGAGUGAGACUCGACUUUUCCAGGAAGCGGAGAAGUUCUUCGUAUCUGUGGGCCUGUAUGACAUGUUUGACAACUUCUGGACGGAGUCCAUGCUGGUGAAGCCCGAUGACGGACGUAACGUGGUCUGCCACCCCACAGCCUGGGAUAUGGGAAACAGAGAGGACUUUAGAAUCAAAAUGUGCACCAAGGUCAAUAUGGACGACUUCCUCACGGCGCACCACGAGAUGGGUCACAACCAGUACCAAAUGGCCUACCGCAACCUGUCCUACCUCUUGAGGGAUGGAGCCAAUGAAGGUUUCCAUGAGGCAGUUGGAGAGAUUAUGUCCCUCUCUGCUGCCACGCCCAAACACCUCAAGAGCCUGGGUCUCCUCCCUGCUGACUUCCUUUAUGAUAGUGAAACGGAAAUCAACUUCCUGUUGAAACAGGCACUCACAAUUGUGGCCACACUGCCAUUCACCUACAUGCUUGAGGAGUGGAGAUGGCAGGUGUUUGCAGGGAACAUCCCAAAAGAUAAAUGGAUGGAGCGCUGGUGGGAAAUGAAGAGGGAGCUGGUUGGAGUGGUUGAACCAGUGCCAAGAGAUGAAACCUACUGUGACCCACCCGCUCUGUUCCAUGUGUCUGGAGACUAUUCUUUCAUCAGGUACUUCACAAGAACCAUCUACCAGUUUCAGUUCCAGAAAGCACUGUGUGAUGCUGCAGGUCACACGGAGGCUCUGUCCUCAUGUGACAUCACUGGCUCAACAGCAGCAGGAACAAAGCUGAGGAAUAUGUUAGAGCUGGGAAGGUCCCAGUCCUGGACCAGGGCUUUGCAAACAAUAUCUGGUACAGUAAAGAUGGAUGCCGCUCCCCUGCUGGCCUAUUUUCAGAAGCUUCAUGUCUGGCUGCAGGAGAACAACCAAAAAAACGGCAGGACUGUAGGAUGGAACCCGGCAGUGGAUCCAUACUCGGAUUACGCCAUCAAAGUAAGAAUAAGCUUAAAGGCUGCCAUGGGCGAGGAUGCUUACAUGUGGAAUGCCAAUGAGCUGUACCUGUUCAAGGCCAACAUUGCAUACGCAUUGAGACAGUACUACAACCAGAAGAACCAGAGCCUUCUCUUCACAGCAGAGAAUGUCCUUACUUAUAAGGAGACUUUUAGAAUCUCCUUCUACUUGGCCGUCACCAACCCUGCAGAUCCCUUAACGUAUAUUCCAAAGCCAGACCUAGAGGCCGCCAUACGAAAGUAUCGAGGCAGAAUCAACGAUGCUUUCCAACUGGAUGACAGGACCCUGGAGUUUGUGGGUAUCCCAGCAACACUAGCCCCUCCCACCGAGCAGCCCGUGGAGGUGUGGCUGGUGGUGUUUGGAGUGGUCAUGGGAGUCGUGGUGCUAUUGGGCUCCUACCUCAUCAUCUCUGGUGUCAGAGAGCGCAAGAAGAAAUCUACAAAGGCGGGUGUGGAGAAUCCAUACGAUGCAAAACGUGGAGAACAUGUAAACGGAGCCUUUGAGAACAGUGACGAUGAGCAGACAGGAUUCUAAUUCAGCCUCAGUUCUUUCAUACACUAGGUUCAUAACAACACUGCUAAAUGUAAAUAUGCGCGGAAUUUGUUAUUAUUAUUUAAAGAUUUUGUCCCUCACAGAUGUUUAGUAAUUGAAUCCGCUUGUAUGAAGUAUUUAAAGGUCAUCCUUUAUGCUCUGCUCAGCCCUUCAUCGACGGUAACUCAGCAGACUCCAGCAUAAUAAAUAAUAUAAUCACA